AUGGAGGACAAUCACGAGGACUUGCAAGGGCGAAGCAAGGCUGUACUGGCCGUCAGCAUUGUCAUGGUGGCGCUUGCCAGCAUCUUUGUCUUCCUUCGCCUCAUCUCACGGGCAGCCAUCGUAAAGAGAAUAUCCGUCGACGACUACUUCAUCCUGUUGGCAUGGACUCUGGCCUUCGGUCUUACCUUCACCAUCUGCUACAGCGCCCAUUGGGGACUUGGUCGACAUGAGUCAGAUGUGCCGCUCGCCUGGCAGCUUACGACGCGCAAGGCGAACUAUGCCUUCGAGGUACUAUAUCAGCCUGCGCUCAUGGCACUCAAGACGUCGAUUCUUAGCUUCUAUCUAAGCUUUUCAAAAACGCACUCGAUCUUCAAGUGGGCCUGUAUCGCCACGCUGUUCGCGGUUAACGCUGGAGGCUUGGCCCUCACUCUGCUCACGGUCUUCCAAUGUCGGCCAGUCGGUGCUGUCUUUCGAACCAUGAUAUCGGACAGUGCGACGUGUACCAAUAUUGUCACGAUCUACCUUUCUUCAGCGCCGCUUAAUCUGAUCACGGACUUUGCGUUGUUGUUCUUGCCCCUGCCGAUCCUGACCAAGAUGCGCCUGCCAAAGAAACAGAAGGUCAUCCUUAUCGUCACUUUCAGCUUUGGCAUUUUCGUCACUGCCGUCGAUGUUGUUCGCAUUGCCUACUUGCAAUCCGCAGCUAUGGACCGGCUGGCGAACAUCCAAGACCAAAGCGACUCCGGCGACAGCUAUGAAGACCCCAACCAGACCGACUUCAGCUACUACGCCUCGCUUAGCUUCAUGUGGAGUGUUAUAGAAGUCACAGUUGGCAUCAUGGUGGCGUGUGUGCCUGGCCUGAAACCGCUUAUCUCUCGCUUUCUUCCGCACAUGCUACGGGACCCGGAAGAUGCUCCAUCGAGAGCAGGCACGGUGUCCUCCGCGAACGGUACGGCAGACAUGGCAAUAGUGCAUCGCAUACCUUCUAUGCCCGACGAUGUGUACCAAAGAGACUUUGGCAGUCAAUCCUAUGCACCUGACGAAGGACCUAUGGGCAUGAUAGACUUCCUCACCACUCCCGACAUGAAUGAGCUGCCUUCGCAUCUCCAACGGACACAGACAGCUCAGACAAACACCAGUCGCAAUACCAGACCUGGCACACCUACUGUUUUCGACUUCGUGAAUAUGAGUGGCCAGAAGUCGAUGGUCCAAUUGACCAACCGGGAGAGCCUGUUUCCAAUUGCCGCCGUCACCGUCAUGUUCUUCAUCUGGGGGUUCGAGUAUGGCCUACUCGAUGUGCUCAAUCAGCAGUUCCAGCGUGUUGCGCAUAUGACUCCCAGUCAGAGCACUGCGAUUCACAGCGCCUACUAUGCAGCAUACUUCGUGGGACCGUUGACCGUCGGACGGCUUGUGCUGAAAUACUGGGGCUUCAAGGCGUGCUACAGCGUUGGCCUGGGCAUCUUCGCCUGCGGCACGCUCAUCUACUGGCCAGCCGCGGUGCUUACGUCCUUCCCCGCCUUCUUGCUGUCAAACUUCAUCGUUGCUUUCGGGUUGUCCAUACUCGAAGUGUCGGCCAACCCUUUUACUGCCCUUUGUGGGCCGUCGGCGUACGCCGAGAUUCGUCUGAAUCUGAGCCAAGGAGUCCAAGCAAUCGGCAGCGUUGUUGCGCCAUUGAUCGCCAAUAAAGCUUUCUUUCAAAAGUCGUUCGAUGCAUCUUCACUUGUCAAUACCCAGUGGGCGUACCUGGGCAUUGCGCUUGCCACUAUACUCUUAGCUGUAGGCUAUCAUUACAUCCCGUUGCCAGAGGCCACAGACACGGAGCUUGAAGACACUGCGGAGCGAAUGGAUGGCGCAUACAGAGCCAAAGUCGGUACGGUCAACAUCGUCUACAUUACACUGGCCUUCGGCGUCUUCAGCCAGUUCUGCUAUGUAGGUGGUCAAGAGGUUAACGCCACAAGCUUCGACGCUUACAUGGUUGCCGCAAACCCUACGUACAACGUUGCCAACUAUACGGCAGUAGCGCACACGGCUUUCGCAGUCUCUCGCUUUGUAGCUGCCGGUCUUGGCUUUUGGGUCAAGCCUCGUCUCUUACUGCUGGCAUGCUUUGUUGGCGUCAUUGUUUUCGACGUGUUAGCGAUGAACUUCAGUGGCAACACUGGUACGGCAAUGAUCAUUAUGGCCUUCUUCUUCGAAGGUCCAAUCUUCUCCCUCAUCUUCGCCCAGUGCCUCCGCGGCAUGGGCCGGCACACCAAGCUUGCGAGCGUUUUCAUCACCUCGGCCAUCAGCGGUGGCGCAGUCUUCGCACCAAUCUCGAACCAUUUAGCUUACAACAAUCGCGGCGCUAUGUACAGCCUUGUGAUCGCUGUCGCAGCCUUUGCGGGUGCGAGCACAUUCGCAGUUGGCCUGAAUGGCAAUGCGAAGGCGAGAGCGCAGGUCGAUUCCAUCAAGGAUGUCACUUCCUCUCAACCCAGUCGACCAGGGUCGACCAGCAGCCGUGCAAGUCGAGCAUUGAGCUUCUUCAGCAUGGGUAAGAAAGUUAGCAAGGAAACAGCGACGACGGAAUGGCAAGAACGCAAGCAGGAAAGCAUUUCAAUAUCAUGA